GCCCUCCCGCCGCUGCCCCGCUCGCCUCAGCCUCGCCUCGCCUGCCCGUCCAAGUCUCGGCCGGCUGUGGUCCUACUCGCCUUGCCGUCCGUGCGCACAUCGCCGCCCUUGCCCUCGCUCAUCGGGCCUCACCCCUUCUCGCCUCUCCGCACCAUCUCGGCGCAGGCGGCGCGAGCGCAGCGGCGUACGCCGGCGCGCCGCACGCUCAUCUCGCGCGCCGCCGACUGCACCCGCUCGCGGCAAGAGCGAGGCAGCAGCAGCCGCAGCCGGCCUUGCCUCGAGCGCAGCUUGCCUCCGCUGGCUGCUUGAGGCGGGCGGCUAGCGAGCACGCAGCGGCGCAUGCUGGCCACGUCGCCGCCGUCGGCCGCCUCUUCGUCGGCCGCGCCCGCGCCGCCAGACACAACCGGCAGCGCGCAUGGCCAAGGCCCGGCACUGAAGCUGCCGCUGCUGCAGCCGCAGGGCGCCGGCAUGGCAGAGGCGCACGCGGGACCUUCGUCGCUGCUGGCACCCGCGACCGAUGCCAGCUCGCUCGACACGCCGCCGCCGCGGCUGCCGCCUGCGCCGCGCUCCGUCGCCGAGCGCGUCGAGGCGGCGCUGCGGCGCGACCAUGCCGCCGUGCUGCGGCCCGACUACUCGACGCCCUUCCGCUCGGCGCGGGAUGUCGUCGCCCGCCUGCUGCCGUACCAUGUGUAUGCGGUGCCGGACGCCGACAUUGCCUGGGCGCUUAGUGCGCCCGAUGUAGACGCCGCCGGUCCGUCCUCUGCUAGCACCAGUGCUCCGAAGCGCCGCCGCACCUCGCCGCCGCGCGCAGAUCCAGCAGUGAUCUUUCCCGACGCACGCAUCUCCGACCUGCAUUCGCGGCACACGGCCAUGCGGGCCCGGGCGCUGCAGCUGCGCGCACGCCUGACGGGCGGCGCCGAGCAUGCGCUGUGGGCGCAGGAGAGCGUGCUGCAGCUCUCGCGGCAGGCGUACGAUGCCGAGAAGGAGGUCCUCACGGCCGAUCAGGAGGUUCUGCGUGCCACGCGCGAGCAAGGGCGCAUCGCGGGCCUCAACUCGCGAGAGAUCGACCGCGCCGCCGCCAAUGCCCGACGGCAGCUGCUGCGCGAGGGCCUCAUGGCCGGUGCAGGUGCUGUCAGCAGCGACGAAGAGGCCGAUGACGACGACGACAAGGCAGAGAUGGACAAACAAAAGGAGGAGGUCGCGGAGAAGAAGCGGGCCGACGAGCUGCAGGCGAGGAGAGAUCGGCGAAAACGCGAGAAGGAAGAGGCAGCCAGGCGCGAGAGUGCUGGGCCGGUCAAGCAGGAGGCAGACGUAGGCGACGAAGACACGGAGAAGGCGAAGCGUCCACGCAAGCGCAAGAGCGAAGCAGUGAGCGCGUCGCCUGCCCCGUCGCCUGCUAGCGCGAUGACGCCUGGCGCUGGUUCGUCGAUGCAGACCAGGCCAGCACGCCUGCCUGCUGCUUCACCGACGCCGGUCGGCGAAGCGCCCCAGCUAAUGCGGCCGCCUGCCAAACGCCCGUCGAUCUCGCAGGCGAACAGGCCGGCAAGCACGCAGUCUCUGUCGCAGAGCGUCAACGGCAGCGCACCUGGUCCUGGUUUGUCUGCGCCUGGGCCAUCAACAGCGCCAAGACCUCCAGCACAAGCCCAGCCGUCCGGCUCUCGGCCAGGCGCAGGCUCGCCGCCAAUACCAGGGGUGCCUCGACCAGCAGCUUCGCCCGUCGUCGCGCGCGCUCCUUCAACACCAACUGGAGGCCCUUCAACUGGCGCGCCGCCAGCACCAGCCGGGCCCAUGACGCUGCCAACGCAUCCUAUACCUCUGAUCCUGCCGCUCUCCGCGCUGCAGGCGCUGCUGGCGCUCUCCAUCCGCGCCGUGCCUGCGCCGCACCUCGAGCCGGCCGUCGCAGCGCAGCGUGCAGCUGCUGCCUCAGGCACGCCGGUGCCAACAGCGCACACGACGGCACCGCGCCCGCCGCCGGCGCAGCAGGACGACGCCGUGCUGCUCAUGGGCGUCACCGAGGGCGCGGCGGGGCAGGGCCAGAUGCUGCAUCUCAGCGUGCUGCUCGCCAAGCUCUCGCCGCCGCAGCUGCAGGGCCUGGCGAACCUGAUGAAGAACCACAGCGCCGCCGCUGCCGCACAGGCCGCCGCGCAGCCGUCUUCGUCGGCCGCAGGAGCAGCCAGAAGCCCCCCUGCUGCUGGCGUCGCCUCAGCUGGCGGGGCCGCAGCGGCAGCGGCCUCGGUUGCUCGCGCGACCAAUGGCCAGCCACCCGGCUUGCCCUCGGCUCCCAGCUCUGCUCGCACUCCAGCUGCUGGUCCAGCCGCAUCCACAGCGCCCGCUCCCACGAAUCCAUCCGCGCCCAAGUGAGGCCAUACUUCUCUGUAGUCUCUCGUAAUCCAGGCCGCCCUGUCACAGCUUCAUCAAUCACUGCGUGUUCCCUUGCUGCUGCACCUGGGAGCGUGCGUUCACGAGGU